AUGUUUCCCUCUAAGAAGAGGCGAAUGGCUAAUGGAUCCAAUGGUGGUGGUACUAUGGAUGCUAAUCAGUAUGGUAUUGGUGCAAAAUUACUAGCUAAGAUGGGUUACAGAGAAGGUGAUGGGCUCGGGAAGGAAGGCACAGGCCUAGUAGUUCCAAUACAGGUUACACAACGGCCAGUCGGGAUGGGAUUGGGUGCUCUUCCGUCUGAAUCCUCUGAUUCAGAAGAUGAGAGUGUAGCAGGGAGUGAACUGGUUGAUGAAGUUGCAUUUAAAUCAAGUGGGGUGCUUACCAGUAAUCAUAGGCUAAUUGAUAAAGUGAAUAAUUUGGAGAGUAUGGGUAUUGUAGUUUCUCCUGGUGUUAGAAGCUAUGUUAUGACAAAUCCUAACAUACCUGUACAUGAGGGAUUAGCGAUUGAGAAACAUCUGACGGAGCUCAUCGAUGUUGCAAGCAAGCUCAGUUCGCUGAAAAUUAGAGAGUCUGGUCUUGAGAAAAAGUUAAUAACUCUUAAAGCUGAUCAAGAUCUUUCUAGUAAUAUACUUAUGGUGAUGGCUGACCCUAAGGCAACACUGCUGGACAAAAUAAAUGCCAUAAUUACGGUUAAUGAUGCUACAGCUGUGGAUAAGCUCUGCUCAAGGUGCUUAGCUGAAUACUUUAGCGAACACAGUGGUUGGGAUCCCUUAGAAGUUCUAGAUGAGACUUAUACUGAGUUAAUAAGCGCCGUGGAGGUUCUAUGCUAUGUAAUGGACACCGAAACGCAGAAGUUGAACAGAACACAGACGAUUGUGUUCAAGGCUAUCUGGGAUAAGCUCAAACCAUAUUGGGAAAAUAUAGCGACAGAUGAUGUUCAUAUACUAAUUGGAAUCCUCCUUGACUACCAAGAUGUUCUUUCUUUUAUCAAUUGCUGGGAUUAUAUCUUUGAGAAUCAUGUUACUGAUUUCCUAAUGAACAUCUUAAGUAAAUGGAGCGUUGGAAGCGGCCUAGGACAGAAUUCUACGAUUAUUGACCUGAUAAGCAUUUUACCCACCAAUCAAGCACUGGUAGUCAAGAAAGAGUUACAGGACAAAUUUAGUAAAUACUGUACGAAUUGGUAUCAUAGAGAUGAGUUAUUUGAUCAAGAUGACAUCGAUUUUAUUCGGCGUACUAUAGGAGUUGAUCUAUUCGAGGAAAUCAGUAAUAGGUGCUUCCUGCCGAACUUUGUUGAGCAGCUUUGGCACAAAUAUUUUGACCCUACAUUUGAAUUGGAAGAUCCCAAGUGCAAUGAUGGAAGCCUCUAUUUUAUCAGUAAGUUCCGUCAGAACCGCGGUUUGCUAACUGACUACGCAUACAAGACCAUUCUCUCGGCUAUAUUCAACUGUAUAAACAAGGUAAUAUUCCAAUGGAAUUUGUAUCAUAAAGAUAACUUUGAUGAAGCCAAAACCUGGCUUCACUGGUAUCUAGACAAGGGCUUUACAAAUCCUAACCACUUUGAAAAUGAACAAAUAGCCACAUCGAAACAACUAUUGCACACACCAAAUAAAGUAGUCCAUGAUGAAAACAUGGAUUUGGAGCAAUUGUUGGGAUUAAAGAAAGAACAUAUAGACACAAUUGAAAACAUUCCAUUACGAAAAAUUACAAGCACUUUCAAAGACGUUGUACAAGACUACUGCGACGAGCACGGGCUGUUUCUCACUAAAAAUGCCCAGGAACAUACAACACUAGACGUCUUUGGUGGAAAAGCUACGGUUCCCACAUUUACAAUUAACUCUAAUUGCUCAAGAUUGCGGGUUGCAAUAAAAGACGAUAUUUUAUGGGUCCAAAGGAAGGAUAAUUAUGUACCGACGUAUCUUCACGAAUUAAUAAAGCUAUUGUAG